AUGGAGGAUGUUGAUGAUGUUGAGCGCCGCAUCGUCAUUUCCGAAAAGCACGGUAACAAUGGCUCUGAUCGUGAGGAGCCCAUUAUCUUGAAAGAGGAGGAAGAAGCCGGCUAUCAAGCUACAGCUCCGGCGCCCGUCGGUAACGCGCCUCCGGAUGGAGGUCUACGGGCAUGGCUUGUGGUUGUGGGAGCUUGGUGCACGUCGUUUUGUAGUUUUGGGUGGAUUAACAGCGUUGGUGUAUUCCAAGACUAUUACGAAGCUACAAUUCUCAAAGACUACUCGACUAGUACCGUCUCAUGGAUUCCGUCCUUGCAAAUCUUCUUCAUGAUGGCCCUGGGGCCAAUUAUCGGUCUCAUCUAUGACAAAUACGGUCCUCGUUGGCUCAUUAUUGGCGGAACGUUUCUUCAUGUCUUUGGCUUGAUGAUGACAUCUAUUUCACAUGAUUACUACCAGAUUCUCCUUUCCCAAGGAGUCUGCAGCGCUAUCGGCGUUUCUGCCAUUUUCCAGCCAGCUCUCAAUAGCAUCGCCACCUGGUUCACCACGAAGCGCGGCGCUGCCUACGGAAUUUUGGCAACUGGCUCAAGUUUGGGAGGUGUCAUUUUCCCCAUCAUGGUCAGCCGCUUGAUUGACGAGGUCGGCUUCGGCUGGUCUAUGCGAAUCUCAGCCUUCUUAAUCCUUGCUCUCCUCAUUAUUGCCAUCAUCACAGUUAAAACGCACAACCCACCAAAAUUCCAGCCUAUCACUGUGAAGCGAAUGGUUACCCCUUUUACCGAGUUUCAAUUUUUCUGUCUUUCUAUGGGAUUAUUACUAUUUACCUUUGGACUGUACACUCCGAUCAACUACAUCUCUGUCGAGGCUGCUGAAGCAGGGAUGGAUCCCAACCUAGUGCUAUACCUCAUUCCUAUCCUAAACGCUGGAAGUCUAUUCGGUCGUAUAUUCUCCGGCUACGCUGGCGACAAAUGGGGUCGGUACAAUGUCUUUAUUGGGGUUUGCUAUAUGGCGGGCAUAUUCGUUCUGGGCCUCUGGAUUCCCGCAUCAACAACUGCAGCGAGGAUCGCCUUUGCUACUCUUUUUGGCUUCUUCUCAGGAGCUUAUGUCGCUUUGAUCGCCGCCCUUGUUGUGCAAGUAUCGCCUCCAACUGAGAUCGGCUUCCGUACUGGUCUAGUGUUUCUGGCUUCGUCUAUCGGUGGCCUUACGACAAAUCCUAUCUCUGGUGCCAUCUUGGAGAAGCCUAUAGGAUGGCUUGGCCCAAAGAUUUUUGCAGGCGUCUUCUGCAUUGCUGGGACGACCUUUGUGCUGGCAGCAAGAAUCCACAAGACGGGAUGGAAGCUGCGAACCGUCUUCUAA